UGUCUUCCUCCUUUGUGCUCUCUAUUCCAUCUGCUCAAAAUUUCUGAAGCUUUGUAAUUAAAAUAUUCUUCUCUGAAGUUGGGAAAUAGGGUUUCAGCACUUCCUGACUGGGAGCCAGCAUCCUGCUUCUUGACACUGGCCGGCCAAAUGUUAAGUGCAGCAAGUGAAGUAGUAGGGUGGAUACAGGAAAAAAUGCUUCUGGAAUACUCUCAGAACUCCCAGUAACUCAGUUCUAAGGCAGUACAUGUAACAUGCUUCUUGCUUUAAGUUUCAGGAACAUGUUAAGUAGUAAUGGUUUCUCCUAGAAGUAUUACAAUUAGUAGUUCUUCAGAAGAAAGGGUUUUGGGGGUUUGGGUUUUUCUAAAUGGGAGCAUAAUCUCUGAAGCAGGGAUUGCAUUGGAUGCACUUUGUAGGGCGCUUAGGUUGUAGUUACAAAUAAAAAUAAUCUAAUGCUUUUAAGUGGGAAUAUACAUUUUAUAUUUUGUCUUGUUUCUAAAUCUGUAUUUUUAUACGCAUUAGAAACUGACCUUUGCAAUAGUCUGUAAACUGGGUGGCAGUAUUUUUUUGAUGAAUGAGAAGGAUGGAGAAGUUUUAGCAGAGAGCUUGAGGGACCUUUCCCAGUCACACAUGAAGAGCACCAGAGGAACAUUCCUACUUCCGUUCUCAGAGUCCUUUACAAGUUUCCAGUUUUUGUCCACUUUGGACACAGUCACUCUGCUGUUUGCCGGGAACUCCUUCCCUUGAUGAUAUGACAGCUUUAAUUUUUAUUUUUCCUACCUAGAAGAUCUUCCUUGAUCCAAUUAUGAAAAAAUGUUUAGAAAAGGAAAAAAACGACACAGCAGCAGCAGCUCACAAAGCAGUGAAAUCAGUACUAAAAGCAAGUCUGUAGAUUCCAGUCUUGGGGGACUUUCCAGGUCUAGUACUGUGGCUAGUCUAGAUACAGACUCCACAAAAAGUUCAGGACAAAGCAAUAGUAAUUCUGAUACAUGUGCAGAAUUCAGAGUUAAAUAUGUUGGUGCCAUUGAAAAAUUGAACUAUAAUGAGAGCAAAAGUCUGGAAGGGCCAUUGGACUUGAUAAAUUACAUAGAUGUUGCACAGGCUUUUGUUUGUUUCCCUCCAAAGCAAGAUGGAAAGUUACCUUUUGUUCCAGGUGAAGAGGAGUUUAUUAUGGGAGUUUCCAAAUACGGCAUUAAAGUUUCAACAUCUGAUCAGUAUGAUGUGUUACAUAGGCAUGCUCUCUAUUUAAUUGUACGGAUGGUCUGCUAUGAUGAUGGUCUGGGAGCAGGAAAAAGUUUACUGGCUUUGAAGACAACAGAUGCAGCCUCUGAAGAAUGCAGCCUCUGGGUAUAUCAGUGCAAUAGUUUGGAACAAGCACAAGCUAUUUGCAAAGUAUUAUCUACAGCCUUUGAUUCAGUUCUAAUGUCGGAGAAGUCCUGAUUUUCUUCAGCACCACGUGACUGUGUAGUACAAGAGGCCUUUGUGUGAGGAGGGAAUGGGGCUCCUUUGUGAUACCACAGACUGGCAGUAGCUACAUCCAAACCUAGAAAAAAAGACUUGCUGUGCAAAGAAGAGCCAUACAACCUUGCACAUGGUACUUUGUCAUUCCCCAGCCAUCAUGACUUGAAGAAAUUAUUCCAUCUUCAGUUUCCAAGACAACACAGAAUUUUAUAUUUAACAUGAAUUUUUUUCCUAAAUCAUGUUUUGUAUAUUAAUGUCAAUAUUGUAGAAAUGUAAAAUAAAACUGACACUUACUUCU